GGGGGCUGUAAGUGCUUGGACUAAACCAGUCCUGGGGUAGGGGAUCAGAGGCGCCCCAUUCCAGGACCCUUGUCCCCGGGAGACAGGAGUGGGGGGAACCUGUGGGGUCCCGGGCUCAGCACUCUGCCCUGCUGCCUCUGAGGAGAGGUGAGGGUGGAGCAGGGCAGAGAAAAUGCCAGCUCUGACCACAGCGGGACGUUUGCCAGACCCUGUGCUUCUCUGCUGGGAAGAGCAGCGCUGAGUGUGUGUGGGCGGAUGCGGGCUCAGGAGACCAGGGCCCAACAUAAACAAGUUUUGGAGACAAACAACCUCAUGACCCUGUGAGGCUGGGUGAGACAAAAAGGGACUCUUGAGACAGACACCCCACAGAGGAGCCACCAGACUCAAAGGACUCCAAGAAGGACCCUCAGACUGAAAACCUCCUCUCAGGUCAGCCAGCCCCUUGAGGACAUCAGCUUCGGCCUCAGGGUCCUAAUGGCAGCAGAACCACUGACAGAGCUGGAGCUGGCCAUUGAGACCGUGGUCACCACCUUCUUCACCUUUGCGAAGCAGGAGGGCCAGAAGGGCAGCCUCAACCCCACUGAGUUUAAGGAGCUGGUUACCCAGCAGUUGCCCCAUCUGCUCCAGGAUGUGGGCUCCCUUGAUGAGAAGAUGAAGAGCUUGGAUAUAAAUCAGGACUCGGAGCUCAAGUUCAAUGAGUACUGGAGACUGAUUGGGGAGCUGGCCAAGGAAAUGAAGAAGAAGAAGGGCCGGAAGAAGUAAAGCCAACUGGCUGGGAUGGGGGUGGGCAGAGCAGGACUGGUCAGGGCCGAGCAGAACCACAUUCUCCCCAAAUAAAGCUUCCUCUAUGAAACACAAA